UAGUCAGGUAAUCUUUAACUGUAAAGUUUUUUGUUGUUUGGUCCCCUCACCUUGAGUAGAGGUGGAAUGCAGCAGGAACAAGCAGAGGGUGGUCAGUGUUUGGGUUUUAGUUUCUAUGUUAGGCUGAUUACUAGGGUGAAAUCUGCACUGGGACACCCUCCUGUUUAGGCGAGGAGAUUUCUAACCAUGGUAUACUGUCGUCCUUGCACAAAGUUUUGACUCGAAACUAUUCAUAAACUAUCAAUAGAGAACUUUAACAAUCAACAAAUGUUCUAAAGGAAAAAAAACUUUUGAUUUUGGCCAUGAAGACCUCAGCUUUGUGGGUUAUAGUGGAAUGUGCCAGCAGAGUUCUUGGCAUCUCGACUGCUGCAGUGCUUUGUGCAGUGGGUGUAGAGACUCAGAGACAGGGGGAGUUCAACAGCUUGGCCGUCUAUCUCCUGUUCUCUUCGGUGGUGAUCAUGAUUUUUGAAGUCGCCUAUUUCAUUGACACUCUGUUGGCAAUGUGCCUUCCUUGUCCACCCACAUGGAAGAUUUUCAUUCUUUGGAAGAAGAUGGCCAAUGUUGGGGGUUUUCAGAAGUUUCUAUACUAUACAAUGAUGUCUUUGAUGUGUUUCCUGCAUCCAGUGCUUGUAUGGCAUGCUGUAAUACCAGGAAUUAUGCUGGUAGUGACUGGAUUCUUUAACUUCAUACUGAGCAAAAAGAAGAAGUCAGAUCCGCCUAAAGAGUCCAGGUCAUCGUAUAGAGACCCGGCUCUGUCUUCUGUCUGUGUCACAGACAGGGAGGACACUGAACACACAUUCUCUUUCUUCCACAUCAUUUCAGGCAAAAGAGCAUCUUUUUUUCCUAGCAAUAGCCGACUGCAUGGCCCCACAGACAGGGCUCAGACAGCGAAGAAUACCCAACGCAAGAACAGACAAACAGACACAAGAAAUGUGCACUUCAUUGAGAGUCUCAGACAUAAUGAUGCUGAAAUGGAAGAAUACCAUGAAGUGGAACCUGAGGAAACCACAUCAGAUAAAGCACCAAUGAUUAGACUGUAAACAUAUGAGAUCAUAGUGUUAUAAAUCAUUUUAUGCAUGCAAGGUAAGAAGUUAAAUACAUCUACUCAAAAUCUGGCCAAUUAUUCAAAGAAUGAAAAUUAUUUUUCUUCAUGUUCACUUAUUUGUGUGAUGGCAAUGCUGAAUUUUCAGCAGUUAUUACUCCGGUCUUCAGUGUCACAUGAUCCUUCAGAAAUCAUUCUAAUAUGUGAA